AUGGCAACCGGCAUCCUUAUGUUCCCGAUGGCCGCUCUCAACUAUAAAACUGACGACAGUAGCGGCAUGGUACUGUUGUCCGGCAACUCUCAUCCAGAGCUGUCUCGUCUUGUAUCUGACCGCCUCGGUAUCCGACAAGGGGAAGUGAUUGUAUAUAACAAAACGAAUCGAGAAACUUCUGUUGAUAUAAAACAGUCUGUACGCGGCAAACACGUCUUCAUACUUCAAAGCGGGUCAAAGAACGUCAACAAUGAUGUGAUGGAACUUCUGAUUCUCAUAUAUGCCUGCAAGACAUCCAUGUCAAAAACGAUCACAGUGAUAAUGCCGUAUCUACCGUAUUCCAAGCAAUGUCGAAUGUUGAGGCGAUCUUCAAUACCAAUGAAACUCAUUGCCGAAAUGAUUUGCAGAGCUGGCGCAUCUCGCUUGGUUUCGUUGGAUCUGUACAAGAAGGAAAUUCAGGGAUUUUUCUCCAUCCCUGUGGACAAUCUCCGAGCUUCGCCAUUUCUACUCCAGUAUAUCAAAGAAUAUAUCCCCGACUAUAAAAACGCCAUAAUCGUCGCAAAAUCACCGGGAGUCAUGAACAAAGCCACUUCUUAUGCUGAUCGCCUCCGUUUGGGUGUGGCAGUAAUUCAUGGUGAACAGAAGGAUUCCGAAGAAUCUGGACUUGAGGACGGUAGACAAAGUCCUCCACCCAACUAUGCACCAUUUGAACUGUUUCCAUCUCAAGAACCAAAACAGAAACCUCCAUUGACCGUUGUUGGAGAUGUCGGUGGCCGAAUAGCGAUAAUGGUGGAUGAUAUCAUAGACGACGCACAGUCUUUUGUUGCUGCUGCAGAAGUGCUGAAAACACGUGGAGCUUACAAAAUUUAUGUCAUAGCCACACAUGGAGUUUUGAGCUCGGAUGCACCGGCGCUGUUGGAAGCAUCACCUAUCACUCAGGUAAUAGUCACAAAUACCGUGCCCCACGAGGUGCAAAAAAUGCGCUGCCAUAAAAUCAAGACCGUUGACAUAUCGCUGAUGUUAUGCGAAGCCGUUCGUCGCAUUUAUCACAAUGAAUCUAUGGGACAACUCUUCCGGGAUAUCACAUUAGAUGAUUAGGUCAAUUGUUGGCAUUUGCUGCUUCUCAUUUAGUUUCAAAUGGCUUUGCAUCUGAUGUGCAGCAUUGCUUUUUUGCCUUCGUACCUCACUCACGCAUUCUAGCAUUUAUUACUUAAGGUACCCUAUUUUUAGACUAUUCUUAGAUGUUGUCUGUUAAAAUCAUGUUGGUUUCACUCCAUAGUUUGCUAUAAAACUAUGCUUUUGCCUAACGGUUUUGUGUUCUCACAUCUUGCAUCAUUUUUGGAAUUUUUCUCGAUAAGCUUCGCAUAGUAUAACAAAUAGGCAAAGAAUGCUUGUUAUUCCGGUAUAUGACUGUAUUUUCAUUACUCAGGUGAUAUUGGCUGAUAUUCAACAGUAUGGUAACUCUGUUUGUACCAUGUUUAUCAAUGCGAGUAUGAUGCAUAUAGGGUGUCUCAUUGAUUUGUGCAUAUUCUGUGAUGUAGAGUUUUUUUUUUACUUCGCCAGCGUUCAUGUUGUGAUUUUUCAUAACGCCGAGCUUGCAGUGAAGGACUAUCAUGAUGAGCA